AAGAUUAAUAUUUAUUUCCCUUCUAUAUAUAAUACCAAAACAAAUGGAAAUGUUUGCUUCUACUUAACGUCAUGCCCUUUCUCUCUCUACCCUCCCUUUUCUCUCUCCUCCCCACCCCCAACAGCAGCUGACUGCGCUUCUUCUGCUCGCCGCCGCUCCGAUUUCCAUUUCCAUUUCCCCAACAUUCUCAUCAAAUUUUCCAAAUUUCAAUAAUUUUAAGUUAACUCUUCGCCUCCUCAUUCAUGGAGCGGAAGCACGGGUUUUUCUCGGCUUUGAAGGAGGAAAUGGUGCGGGGACUGUCGCCGGCCCGGUCGAGGAGGGGCCGGAGCCAGUCGCCGUCCCGUUCGGGAAUGCUGCGGAGGAGGAGGGGAAGCAGCGUGGCCCCGCCGGAAAUGUAUGUAUCGAGAUCGGGUAGUGUGAGGCCCGGGGCGGAAGCCCUGUCGCCGCUGAGGGAGGGCCCGGAUCCGAAUGAGUCGGAUUCGGGCGAUCCGAGGACCGAAAGCUGGGCUAACUGGCUCUGCCGGGCUCCGACGCCUUCCAAUUCCGGGUCGGGCUGCUCAAGGUCCGAUCUGCGCCUGCUCCUAGGCGUGCUCGGCGCACCGCUCGCGCCCGUGCACGUUACCAACAACGACCCUCUGCCUCACCUCUGUAUUAAAGACACUCCCAUUGAAAGCUCCUCUGCUCAGUACAUUCUGCAGCAAUAUUUGGCAGCAUCUGGGGGGCAGAAGCUUCAAAACUGUAUACAGAAUGCCUACGCGAUGGGGAAGGUGAAGAUGCUGGCCUCUGAUCUCGAGACCGCCAGCAAGGUGAUCAAGAAUCGGAAUUCAUCCAAAGCAGCCGAGUCGGGGGGUUUUGUGCUCUGGCAAAUGAAUCCCGAUAUGUGGUAUGUAGAGCUCGCUCUUGGUGGCAGCAAGGUUCAUGCUGGUUGCAAUGGCAAGCUCGUCUGGCGGCAUACUCCGUGGCUCGGUGCACAUUCGGCCAAAGGGCCUGUUCGCCCUCUUCGUCGUGCCCUACAGGGCCUUGAUCCGAGAACGACGGCCAACAUGUUUGUGAACGCGAGGUGCACGGGGGAGAAGAAGAUCAACGGGGAGGAUUGCUUCAUUCUCAAACUCUGUGCUGAUCCGCACACGCUGAAAGCUAGGAGCGAAGGGCCUGCGGAGAUCAUAAGGCACGUGCUGUUCGGCUACUUCAGCCAGAAAACAGGGCUCCUCGUGCAUCUGGAGGAUUCUCACUUGACCCGGAUACAGACCAAUGGGGGUGAUGCUGUGUAUUGGGAGACGACCAUCAAUUCGGUCCUUGAUGACUACCGGCCAGUUGAGGGCGUGAUGGUCGCCCACUCUGGCCGGUCCGUGGUGACCCUCUUUAGGUUUGGUGAAACAGCAAUGAGCCACACCAAGACUAGAAUGGAAGAGGCGUGGACGAUCGAGGAAGUAGCGUUCAACGUGCCUGGGCUCUCUGCUGACUGUUUCAUUCCGCCUGCUGAGAUUAAGUUUGGCUCCAUUGGUGAAGCGUGCGAGCUCCCUCAACAAGGGAGGGUGAAGAACGCGGCUGCUGCAGCCGUGUACAGAGCUAAGGUUGCCGCGUACCCCACUCUCAGGUAGCUAUUUCUUCUCGUUGCAGAAGUUUUUAGGUUAGUUCUCCAUGGUACAGACUGACAAAUUGAAGUAGCAAUGAAGGGCAUUCGACAAAUUCAGAGGGGAUUUUUUACAGUUUAUGCUAUGAAUCUGUAUAUAGUUCAUAAAUGAGUGUUUUUUUCACUCUCUCUCUCAGUUCUCAAUAGUUCAGUUGUGGACUGUCUUUUCUUUUCUUCUUUUUUUUUUCCAGCAGAAUGUGCUGUUGUAAUCUGCAGAUGUAAUAUCAAGAAUUAUGUUUCCGUUCA